GACAUAUGACGUGUUUAUUUUCUAUUUGAUUUGAGUGAGCUACAAUGGCUACAAAAUUUUGAUAUUAUAAUUACAUUUGAGUAACUUUUUUAAUUUAAUUAUUGAUUUGCUUUAAUUACAUUAUUCUCUUUUGUACUGAUAAAAUGAACUGAAGCAGUCUAAGUUGUAGAAUUGUGUAAUGAGGUGGUACGGGCAUGUCUUUGUGCAAAUUAGAGACCAAGGAGGCUAGUAUUUCAGCCGAGAAUUGCCACGAUAUUGUUGAUAAUGUUAUCAGUAAAGUUGAGUCUAAUUCUAAAAUCGAACUUGAACAUUCCGAAGAUAAUAACAGAAAUAAAAACAUACAAGCAAAUAAGGAACUUCCAACCAUAACCAUAAGAAUGUUGAAUUUUUGUAGGGAACUUGCAAUUUUUUGUCUUGUAAUGAUGACAUAUGUUGCUUUUAGUAAAGACCCACCAAAAAUAUCCAAGGGACCUGCUGCAUAUCGUUUUUUUCCUGAAAAUUCAAUUGUUACUGACUGGUAUAGAGGGCAGAUUAGCAAAGCUAUAGAACAUGCUAGAUCUAGUGAUAUUGCAUUUGUGAUGUUUUAUGCUCCUUGGGAUGCAGAUAGUCAAAAAGGAAGAAACGAAUUUGAGAAGGCUGCUGAGUACAUGCAGGACUAUGUAAAUUUUGUAGCUGUAAAUUGUUGGCAACCUUUGGGUGAAUGCAGAACACAAUAUAACAAAGUUUAUAAAUGGCCCGUUCUCAUUGCUUACCUACCUCAUGGAAGAGGUGUACAAUAUAAUGGUCCAUUAAGUGCUCCACAUUUUAUUCAGUUUCUGAAGAAGGUUUCUAACCCUAUCAAACAUUUAGGAAAUGAGGGCAUAAGAGAUUUUCAGGAUGCUUAUAUUAGGGCAGAAAUGAAUGUGUCACCAGGAAGCCUUGAUUUCGCUGUGUAUUACACAACAGCUCUUAGAUAUUUAGAGAAAGAUCCACAAUAUAGAGUUACCUUUUAUAUAACUCCUUCUAAUGUUACAACACCAUCAUUGUCUCUAUACAUGUGGAACGAAACUUUAAUGUUUCCUUCUCACGAAUUACCAUGGACAUCUGAAGAGAUUUUGAAAUGGUUGUUUAAAAACGUCCAUCAAAUCACGUCAUGGGCCUUGCCUAGUGGAUCUAAAAGUACUACCUUAUCGAAUAGUAUGCAAAACGGAUCUGUUCUUAUUCUGUUUACUCCAAGAAAUCCGCUGCAUAACAACAUUGAUUAUUAUAAUAUGCUGCAAGAAAUAGGCCAAGAAUAUUUUACAUGUGAAGAAAAUAUUGUAGCAAAUAUACUUGCUGUUCAUCUUAAGUUGAGACGAACAGCAAAUUCCUUGAUAUAUAAACACUUAAAAUCGACCUGCAAUCUAAAAUCGAGAGUAUUUAAUCAAAAGACAAUUUUCCAAACGAAAACAGUUUGGGCAAAUGCUUCAGCAUGUUCACAGAAGCCCAAGCCACACGAUUGUGAUUUACUGGUAGACAAGAGUAUACAGCACUAUUGUGCUAACCUCAAGACUGAAACUUGUUUAGAAUUAUUUCCUAAAAUUGUAGAUUUUCCUUGUAAAGAACAGGCUACAAUUUCUGAUGACAUAAUAAAAACAUCUAUGGUUACAGGAGUAGGUGACUAUCGAUCUCCAGAAAAUCUCCAAAAACUUCUAUACAGAGAAAGAUGUAAACAAUUCAUAGCGGCGGAAAUGUAUCACCCUGCAAUAUUUUCUAAAAACGUUCCUUCAGAGAAAAAUAUUAGUAUUGCAGGAUUGUCGUGUAGAACUAAUAAAAGUUUGUCAUUUGUAGCAAUGGACAGUCUGCUCCAUUAUUAUUUUGCUCGCCAGCUUGGAAUCGAUUUGAACAACGAACCAGAUAAAAGCGCAGUAGUCAUUUUAAAUGACAAGAUGGAAUCUCAUUAUGUACUCCGAAAUCCAAUUACAAGCGAGAGUAUUAAAGAAGUGAUAUUAAAUUUAACUAAAAACCAUUUAAAUAGAUCCUUCAGUUCAUCGGCUACUUUAAUACCGCCUUCUCAGCCAAAGGUACAAGUUAAGACGGAAGUGGUCGUGGCUGAACUAUAUACUGAUACAUUCCUACCAACUAUAUUAGAGAAAGAUAAGACCGUUGUAGUGCUUUACUAUACCAAGCAAUGUUCAUUUUGCAAUGGCGUUUCUUACAUAUUCCUCACAGUAGCAAGGAAAUUUUCAUUGAUGUCAAAUUUAAUAUUCACCCGUAUUGAUGGAGACAUCAACAUCCUCCCAUGGGAAUAUACAAUGGAAACGUAUCCCACUAUUCUAUUCUUUCCUGCCAAAAGGAAAUCUGAAAGUCGGGUGUUCCCUUCGAGUAUUUCCAUAACUGUACCAAAUCUAAUCAAUUUUUUGUUGGUUAAUUUGGAACCUAAUUUAAAAAUACAAGCAUUGUGGUCCAUGUGUGUUCAAACGAAACUCCCCAAAGAACAAUCAUUUUGUUAUUCAACACUACUGGAAGAAACACUGAACUUAAUUAACGACACUUUGAAGGAAUGGAGAAAAAGUCACAAACUACAACGUCAAAUUCUGUUGCAUAGACUAAAGGCACUGCGACAGUUACAUCUAUUAUUUGCGCAUACUCCCACCAAGCACAUUGAUAUCAGUGAUUAUUUAAAAAAACUUGAUUUAAACGUGCGACAUACCGAAGACUUUUACAUGUCGAAAGAGAUUAAACAUCCUAGAGAUGAAUUAUAGCAUAUAUUUAAUAAGAUACUUAAUGCAUGUGAUCACUAGGAUAAGCUAAAGUUUUGUUUAAAUAGGGAACUUGCAUAAAUUUUUAAAUAUUAAAGUAAUAUUAAAAAACA